GAUUUCGUCUUCGGCAAUCGCAUUCUCUUUUUCUAAAAAUCUCUUCAAAGUUUCCUGGAACCGCUUCAUCAGGGGGUGAGUCGACUCCAACACAGCUGGCAUUGCUCCAAUGUCCCUCUUACUACGCCACCUUUAUAAAUAAUGGACCCGGAAACAGCUGUAUCAAAUGCCGUAACUGUACAAUUAGCAUUGAAAGUGAUUGCUCUCACAUUGGAUCUCACUGCUUAUCUUUUUCCAAAACAAUGUGAUGUGAACGACGACGAUACAUUUGAUUUUAUUAUAAUUGGAGCUGGAUCCGCUGGAAGUGUUAUUGCUAAUCGGCUCUCAGAAAUUGAAUACUUCAAAGUUCUUAUUAUAGAAGCUGGUGGUGAUCCACCCUUGGAAGUUAUGUAUCCAGGGCUGUCAUCGUAUACAUAUCACUCUCGUUUAGAUUGGAAUAUAACUUCACAAUACGAUGGCACAACGGCCCAAUGCAGAAAAGACAAAGUCAUACCUCAGUUUAGUGGUCGCGUGCUUGGAGGAAGUAGCUCCAUCAAUUGCAUGUAUUACGUGCGAGGCAAUCCCUACGAUUACAAUCGCUGGGCGCAGUUGGUCGAUGAUGAAACUUGGAAAUGGGAAAAUGUCCUCCCUUACUUCAUUAAAAGUGAAAGAAUGCUUGACAAGGAUGUCUUGAAAUCUGCUACUGGGAAGCUUCAUGGAAGACACGGUGAAAUUGGCAUCACAAGAAGUAUAGAUAACAACACAAGAAGAUUUCUACGUUCCUUAAAGGAAGACGGUAUCCCCGUUACUAUGGAUUACAAUGCCAAUAAAACGUUAGGCUAUAGCGAUGUAUUUUUUACGAUUGCAGAUGGCUAUCGUCAAAGUACAGGAUACAGAUUUUUAGGGCUCGCUAGAAAUAGACCUAACUUAUAUAUAUUAAAAAAUACCGUAGCAACAAAAAUAUUAUUCAACGACGAUAAAAGAGCUUAUGCUGUAGAGGUAGUUGCAGAGAAUAAAAUAAAAAAAGUGACUCUAAAAGCAACUAAAGAAAUAAUUGUAUCAGCAGGCGCCUUGAAAUCUCCACAAUUGUUGAUGCUGUCAGGUAUUGGUCCUAAAGAUCAUUUACGGACGUUAAAUAUCGAUGUUAUUGCUAACUUACCGGUUGGAAAAAAUCUUCAAGAUCAUCUUGCCAUACCAAUAUUACAUACAUUGCAAAAAAAUAAAAAAAAAUCUUUUCCCAAACCUUUCAACCCACAUGUUUAUCCGUACUCAAACAUAGUCGGCUUCGUUGCUCUAAACAAAUCACAGUCAUACCCGGAUUAUGAAUCAACAAUUAAUAUUAUAGAUGACGGAGCUAAAGACUUACUUCAACUUUACUCUUUUGUGUAUCAGUAUUCUGAUAAUGUAAGUGAUAGUAUUUAUAAUUAUGCUAAAGAAAGCACGGUUAUUGAGACAUUAAUAACAGACCUUCAUCCGAAAUCUCGCGGAGAAAUUUUGUUACGUAGUGUCAAUCCAUUUGAUCAUCCCUUAGUUUACACAGGUUAUUUAUCGGAAGAAGAAGAUCUCGUUAACACAAUAAGAUACAUCGAAGACUAUCUCCGCCUAACACACACUUCUUACUUUAAGAAAAAUAAUGCGCAAAUGAUAGACAUAGUUGGUAAUAUGUGUAAGGGUUUCAAAUUUGGCAGUAAAGAUUACUGGACGUGCUAUAUACAGUGUACAUUGAAUAACAUGACCCAUUACUCAGGGACAUGUGCGCUUGGGUCCGUUGUAGACAGUCGAUUACUAGUCCGAGGCGUCAAAGGUUUGAGAGUCACCGAUACUAGUAUAAUGCCAUACAUUGUUAGUGGAAAUACAAAUGCCCCUACCAUGAUGCUUGGUGAAAAGGUCUCUGAUUUCAUUAAAGAAGUGCAUGGUGCAUUAAAAUAAACAAUAAUAAAGCCAGAAAAUUUAAGAAUCAAUCGAGGUUAACCUGUGGUUCUGUCUGAUGGCGUAAUUGUGAAGACCUGCGAAAAAAUUUAAUCUGUAUUACGAUUGUAGUGCAUUAAAAAAUUGAGUUUAAUUUUAUUAAAACGCAGUUGGGAUAUGUUUCAUAUUCUAUUCGUAGGUAGAUAUAUGAAAAAUUCUUUAUUUGAAAUGAUCUUGUAAUGUUAAUAAUAUCAAGAUAAAAUAUAUUAAAGUUAUAGCGUUAAUACGUAAUGAG